CACGGCGAUCUGCAAAACAGGAAGUAAAACGGCGUUGAGCGAAAAGCACGAAGGAAAAAAACGGCCCAUCCCUCCAAAUGGUGUCCCUGAUUUGCACUUUACAAGACCACCGCGAUGACGUCAACUGGUGCGCCUUCUCCGCACAACUGUUGGCCACAUGUUCUGGAGACAAGACCGUGCGGGUGUACCACACCCGGGACUUCUCCGAACUGGCCUUCUCGCCGCUGGAAGGACACGGGUACAGCGUCCACUGCUGCUGCUUCAGCCCCUGCGGACAGUUCCUCGCCUCGUGUUCCACAGAUGCCACCACGCUGGUGUGGUCCAUGGCCACCGGGGAGAUCGAGGCCGUCCUGGAGCAUCCAGGUCGCAGCCCCGUCAGGAUCUGUGUGCUCUCCCCGGACUCGGUCCAUCUGGUCUCUGGUGCAUCUGAUGGUUCUUUGGCUGUUUGGGAUUUCCCAUCCAAGCAGCUCCGCAGGACCGGCUGCGUGAGUGACACAACAAUGGUGGCGUGCUCGUUCAGCCCGUGCGGCCAGACGUUUGUCACCGGCUCCACUUACGGAGACCUCCGUGUGUGGGACCUGGAUAUGAACCAGCUCCAUGCGGAGAAGAACGCCCACGACCUCGGAGUCACCUGCUGCACCUUCGCUCCGAACAUCCUCAGUGACAGUCAAGUUGUGCAGUUCCACUUGGCGUCAUGUGGACAGGACAGUCACGUGAAGAUCUGGGCCAUGAACAAGCUGAGUUCUGGAGCCUUUAGGAUGCAACUCCUGCACACAUUGACGGGCCAGUCGGCUCCAGUCCUCUCAUGCGCGUACUCCCCAGAUGGACAAAUGCUCGUCUCAGGCUCUGUGGACAAAACUGUGACUGUCUAUGACGCGAAAAAUGCUGAGUUGCUCUACAUGUUGAAUCAACAUGAGCGGUACGUGACUGCGUGUUCCUUCUCUCCAACUUCACCACUAAUUGCCACAGGAUCCAUGGAUAAGACAGUGAACAUCUGGAGGGUGGAAGAUGGAUGCGGUGGCCAUGUUGGAAAGUCAUUGCCAGAGGAGUCCACUGUGACGUCAUGUCAAGCGUCGACGUCAGCAGGUCGUUCCAAGCUGCUGGUCAGUGAUUGGUCGGAGGAGGACGUGUCGGUGUGGCUGUCGGAGGAGGGGCUCGGGGGACUGGUGGACACAUUCAGGACCAACAACAUUGAUGGGAUCGAGCUGCUUGGUCUCACCAAGGAGUCGCUGCUGUCAGAAUUGCACAUAGAAUCAGUGGGCCAGCGCAGCAAAGUCCUGAGGAAGGUGGACGAGCUGAAGAAUGCGUCGGUGUGUUUGGGUGUUCCUGACGAGUUCCUGUGUCCCAUCACCAGGGAGCUGAUGAGAGAACCAGUCCUCGCUGCCGAUGGCUACUCGUAUGAAAAGGAGGCCAUCGCGAUGUGGAUCAGUACCAAGAACCGCUCCAGCCCCAUGACCAACCUCCCUUUACUGACAACUCUGCUCACCCCUAAUCACACGCUGAAGAUGGCCAUCGCUCGGUGGAGGACCAGCCACUAAGCAGCCUGCGCCGCCACUGCCACCGAAUCAUUUCAGGUACACAAGUAGAAGUGCACGUGAUGUUUCUCAGCCUUCGUCGGCAACUUAAUUUCAUAGGUGUCGAGUUGUUCUGCGUGGGCAGAUUUAAAUACGCUGUUCUAGCUAUUCGUUUGAGGUCCGCUAGUUGCACAACCAGCUGAACAGUACAGCACAACACAAGAUGACACUUCACACUCUUAAUCAUCACGCUUGCCUCUUAGUGAAUUUCGAAAUGUCAUAGCUGUCGUAAUACACGCAUACUGGGUCUUUACUAGAGGUGGCUCGAGUAGUCAAAAUUGUCGCGUUACUUGACUCAAAGUAGUCCCCAAAUAAUUAGCCUACUUGAGGAGUAGUAUUUAGUGCAAAAACUACUCUUGUACUGAAAAACUGGUGAGCUCGCUACAAUAUCAGAUUUAUUAAAUUAAAUUUUACUUUGGAAAUAAUAAUUAACUUGUUCUACCUUUUUGAAAUCAGGUAGUUUUGAUUACCUACUUUAACUGCAUGAAAUGUACAAAAUAUUACAAGCAGCUUUCUUUAUUGCAAUGCACUUCUACACCACUGUAAAUUAAAACCACAAUAAUAAAUAUCUUGUUUAAUGUUUUUCUUUUUUUAUUCUUCUCCUAAACAUAUUAAUAAUAAUCGAAUCUGCUCUCCUUCCACAUUGCAUGAGGACAAUGCAUUGAUCCAUCAUUUCUAUCUGGACGGAGGAAUGCUUGUCGGAUUAUCUUUGUGAACCAUACAAAAUUUGUGCUCUCGCCGCCAGAGGAAAUUCUCCUUCAUGCCCAUACAUUUGAAUGUUUAUUUUUCCUCCAUCUACAUACCCAGGAAACAUACACUUUACUGUGAAAGCAGCAUAAAUGAUGAACCAGAGUCACCCUUAUUAUUUUAUUGUACCACAUUGUUGUUGGCCACAUUCUGUAAUCCAUAGCAUGAAAAGUGUAUAUGAAUAACGAUGGACAUCAUUCUAAUAAGUCUAUUAUGUAUGUUUACAUUCUUGACUGCUUGUGUUCAAUAAAACCAAUAAACAACUCACAA